UAGGUUUUAACAAUUAAUAAUUAAUUACAGGCUAAUAAUAUUUUAUUAUUAAGUGAACUUUGGUUGGUGUUGUUUUGAAGACAGCUUAAAUUGACUGAAAUGACCAUAGAUUAUUGACAAUCAAAAACCAUAGAGCCUUCUGACAGUUAACAUGCAACAUGGAGUAGAAAUGUUGUCUUGAAUAGUGUAAUGCGGGUGUUUUGUGCCGUUUACAAGUUAAUUUUUAUAAACUAUUACAAUGGCAGACUUAGAUAUUGAUAUAUCAAAAUUACCAGAAGAUGUUAGAGAGAAAUUGGCUGAGCUAGAUUUGGAAUUAUCAGAAGGUAAGGCAACAUUGCUUAUAAUGGUGAAAUUGAACUUCGACACAGUAGCAGUUUUCAGAAUACAGGUAAUGUUUUGUAUAGUAACUCUUAUCAUAUUUUUGUCAAAGCUUUUCUGCAUUACAAAAGAAAAACGACAUGUCUAAGUAUGUUUUUCAAAUUACUUUUGUG